CUCCCUCACAUCUCCUGCCCACCCUCCAUCCUCGGACGGCGCUCGGGAACCUGCCAUCGCAGCCAGACCUUCCCCACACCCUUGCCAUGAAGGGUCCCCUCCUUGGAGGCAUGUUCUCACGGCAUGUCAAGCGGCACCCCGGACUCAUUCCCCUCAUUGGCUUCAUCAGUGUCGGCCUGGGCAGUGCUGUCCUGUACUUGCUGAGGCUGGCCCUGUACAGCCCGGACGUCAGUUUCUGGCAGUUUCCACUGACUACAAGAGCCUCAAGAAGGACCGUCCCAAUUUCUGAGCUGCCCCGGGAAUGUGCUGCCGUGCUGGGGCAGGGGAGAGCAUGCCCACCCCCCCGGCAGCACUGCUGCAGCCCCCAUCAGCCCUCCCAGCUCUCACCUGCCCUAUGGCUCUGCGACAGGUCACCGUGCACACAGGCCUGACUGCUUCCUCAGCACCCCCAAACCAUGGGGCUGCACCCCUCCCACAAUAAACUACAUCAC